UAGGGAAGGGAGCGCCCGGGCAGCACUGCAACAGCUGCAGCGUGAGGAAAAAGAGAGGGAGCCAGGGAAGGAAGGAAGAAGGAGGAGGUUGCAGGAAGUCCUUUUUUUUUUUUUUUUUUUCCUUGCAGGGUUUCUUUGUGCCCCGAAGAAGGUCGCCGUGUGGAACCUGAUUUUUUUUCCUCCCUCGCCCGCUGAUGCUCGUCUAUCCGCUCGCAUGCAGGAGGCAUGCUGGCGAAUAGUGUGAAAGGCAGGGAAGGAGAUUUCAAGAUGGAUAGCUCCAAAGCAUACAGCCAAGCAGAUGGGAAAGGACUUGGCUACGGGGCCAAGAGGGCCAAAUCCGGGACACCUCAGAGCACCCAGCGGGGAGAACUUAAGGUUUACCGGGCGGGUAGCUCCGAGGGGAGGCUGCCGGUAGCGUCCAGCCUCCGCAAGCAGAGGUCCAUGACCAACCUGGCCGUGCUGACCGAUGCCGAGAAGAAGUUGCACCUUUACGAGCCCAAGUGGUGCGAUGACAUGGCCAAGACCGGGGUGGGCGCCCCGAGGAAGACGGCGAAGCCGGCGGCCAAGGCGGUGGGUCGCGGUGCACCACUUUCUCGCAACCUCUCCAAGUCAGAACACUCUCUUUUCCAAGGCAAACCCAAGCCCUUCGCACCUCUGGCGGCUCCCUCAGUCCCCGGCAAGCAAAGCCGGAUCCCUCGCGCUCCGUUUGCAGAGGUGAAGCCCCUCAGCAAAUCCCCGGAAGAUGGCAGGUCGGACGACGAGAUCCUCUCCAGCAAGGCCAAAAUCGCCACCAAGAAGCCGGGAGGUACAGGAGAUUCUGGCUCCAAGGGUCAGGGGGAAGAAGGUGGCGACAAACCCUUCCUGAAGGUUGACCCUGAGCUUGUGGUGACCGUGCUGGGUGACCUGGAGCAGCUUCUCUUCAGCCAGAUGUUAGAUCCCGAGUCCCAGAGGAAGCGUACGGUGCAGAACGUCCUCGACCUCCGGCAGAAUUUGGAGGACACCAUGUCGAGUCUGCGGGGGUCUCAGCUCAGCCACAGCUGCGUGGACAGCAGCAACGUGGGCUACGACAGCGACGACACCAACGCCCGCAGCAUGUCCAGCCUGUCCAACCGCUCCUCGCCGCUGUCUUGGCGCCACGGGCAAGCCAGCCCUCGCCUCCAGGCGGGCGACGCCCCGUCCUCGGCGGCGGGCGGCUACCAGGGCACCAAGACCGCCUCCCAGUACGUCGCCCAGACCAUGCCAGCUCGCUGCUCGGGCAGGCUGAGCGGGACGUCGCGCGUGGACCUCCUGGACGACGGAGACCUCAAGUCUGGUUACCUGAGCGACAGUGACCUUCUGGGGAAGAGCCUCCCGGAUGACGAAGACAACCUCACUAAUGGCUGGGAUGAAAGCAGCUCCAUCAGCAGCGGGCUCAGCGAAGGCGACGGCGAGGUCUCGGACAACCUCAGCUCCGAGGAGUUCAACGCCAGCUCGUCGCUCAACUCGCUCCCGAACACGCCCCUGGGAUCCAGACGCAACUCUUCCGUCAUGCUCCGCACCGACGCCGAGAAGCGGUCCCUGGUGGAGAGCGGACUCUCCUGGUACAGCGAGGACGGCAAGGCGGCCCACAAGGCGGACGCGGGCGCGUACGACACGGGCAGUCUCAAGACGGAAGCGCCGAGCAAGUGGAGGAAGAAGCCGCCCGGUUUGAGCGAUGAACUGAGCGUCAAAGUGGAUGCAAGGAAACCUCAGAGUUUGGGCGCUCCGGCGAGCUUUAAGAAGAGUCGAAACCCUCCGGUGGGGGUCACCUCGCCCAUCACCCAUACGUCGCAGAGCAUGCUGAAAGUGGCAGCGGCAAAAAGUGACAAGCCACACGAUAAAUCCAAGAUUUCCAUCAAGACAGCCGGUCUGCAACGGUCACGUUCCGAUGCCGGUCGGGAUCAUCAGAUGGAGCCUCGAAAGCCGCCAUCGGGUUUAGUCAAACCGACGGCAGGAGCGUCAUUCGGCUACAAGAGACCGCCUGCGGCCACUGGUACCGCCACGGUGCUGACAGCAGGGGGCGCCACCAUCUCCAGUGGCUCUGCUACUGUGGGGAAAACCCCCAAGUCCUCCGGCAUGUCUAUGAAGCCAGUAGGUUCAGGACUACCUCCUGGACGUAAGAACAGCUUUGAUGCCAGCAGCGAGGCAAGUUUCUUGGGGCCCAGUGCCCGGAACAGCAUCCAGUACCGCAGCCUGCCCCGACCAGCCAAGUCCAGCACGCUCAGCGUCAUCGGUCGUCCCGCGUCCCGACCCGUCAGCGGCACUAUAGACUCGAGUUUGCUCGCCAUGAAGCCCAUCAGCAUGGCUUCCGCGGGCCCCAGAAUGAAAGAAUCCACAGGUUUUAGCAGCAAAAUGUCGAAUCGGACCAUCGUCGUCCCGGUGAACCAGACCGACCGGGAGAAGGAGAAGGCCAGGGCAAAAGCCGUGUGCGUUGACAUGGACAUGGACUGCGUUUCCCUGAAAGGGGAUCAGGUUCCCUCCGAGUCCUCGCGGGAAUCCGUCGUGAAACUGCAUGGCCUGAGACGAACCAGCAGCACCAAAUAUCCCGAGCUGUCGUCGCCCACCACGCCCAGGAUGUUAGCUAAGUCUUUGGGACGUCCACCCAGCUUGGCUCACCUGGACAAGGUGAACUCCAACAGUCUGGACUCCUGCGUGACAAUUCAGGACCUCCCUCCCAAAGUCCCCCCAUACUCCAAGCUCCAGGACCUGGUUUCCUCCCACUCUGCAGCCCGCCUGACCCCCAGCCCGGCGCCCGUGCUGCACAUCGACUCGCCCGGCUCGUACACCGGUGACGCCCUCGGGGGGUCGCCCCUGCUUUAUCCCAAACUGUCGACCAUCCACCGCAGUAUGGAGUCGCUGUCCCUGCAGAUGAGUGUGCCCCCGCGAUCAAGGUUUAGCGCCAGCGAGUCGCAGGAUAGGGAUAGGGAGAGGGGCACGGGGACGUGGGGCGCCGGGACUCGGACGUCCCUCAACUUGUCAGAAGGGUUGCAGACCGACAGGAACACCCUGCCAAAGAAAGGCCUAGAACGCUGCAACUCAAGCCUGUCGGAGAGUGACGGGAUGAAACCGGGGCGACGCCACUCUCAUAACGCGGCGUCCAAGUGCGACAGCCCACCUCAGCUGCCGUCGCCCACCCGUCCGCUCCACCUCCUGUCCGCCACCAAACCUCCCCUCACCAACGUGGUUGCCCCAAUUUCUUCUUUGGGCACCCCAAGGAUAUCGCGCUCGAACAGCAUCGGGCCCCCCGGCGACUGCGAGCUCCUCAGCUCCUCCCCGCUCGGCAGCACCAUGUCGCUGGCGGAGCGGCCCAAGAGCAUGAUGCGCUCCGGCUCGUUCCGUGAACAGGCGGACGAUGUUCACGGCUCUGUGCUCUCUUUAGCUUCCAACGCUUCAUCCAGCUACUCCUCCUCGAAUGAGGACAGGAUACAAGGGGAGCAAAUCCGCAAACUGCGCCGGGAGCUGGAAUCCUCGCAGGAGAAGGUCGCCGACUUGACCAUGCAGCUGUCCGCCAACGCCAACCUGGUCGCAGCUUUUGAACAGAGCCUGGCGCUGAUGACGGCUCGCCUGCAGACCUUGUCCGUUUCCUCGGAACAGAAGGAUUCCGAGUUGAACGACCUGCGGGACACCAUUGAGAUUCUGAAGACCAAGAACACCGAGGCCCAUGAUAUCAUUCAGGGUGCUCUCAAUAAUUCUGAAAUCGUGUCUAAAGAACUGGAGCUUAAUUGUCAGAACUCGUCGGAAAGCCUCUCCAGCCUCGCCAGCACCCUCAGCCACGCGAGCUUGGGCAGUCUCAAGGAGCAAGAAGCCAAGAAGAAGAAGAAGAAAAGCUGGCUACGCAGCUCGUUCAACAAGGCUUUCAGCAAGAAGGGCUCGAAACCAACCGGGCCCUAUGCAGACAUUGAGGAAAUCGCCACCCCGGAGUCGUCGGCACCACCGUCGCCCAAAGUCCACCGUGACGGGGCUGAACCUUCGCCGUCGUCCGUGAAAGUCUCAGCCUCUGCUUCGUCAUCUGAGCUCUGCGAGGGGAGCGAGGUGGCGGAUGACAAGGUGGUUUCGGACCUUCGCUCAGAAUUGUGGGAGAAGGAGCGGAAACUUACUGACAUCCGGCUGGAGGCUUUAACGUCUGCCCAUCAGCUGGAGCAGCUGCAGGAAACAAUGACCAACAUGCAGAAGACUGUUGAGAAUCUCAAGGUGGAGAACGACCAACUGAAGACAAGUGGCCUGUCCCCCUGUCCAUCUCCCGGACCCUCCAGCUCCAUUUCUCAGUCCUCCGGUCUCACGUCUCUCGCCAACUUGUCACCGCGACAUUCCCUUACGGUGCGCGAGGCCAGAAGAACCAGCACAGAUUCCAUGGAUUAUGGCAGUCUGUCUGCGCAGCGAGACGACCACCGUGUCAGGGUGGUUGUUUGCGUUGCAGAUUUGCACGUGUUCAAAGAUCAGGAGGUGAAACAGCAGGACUUCUUCCUGGGUACCAUCAGGGUGAACGGCCGGAUGGAUUGGCCCAUGUUGGACUCUGCCGUCAGCCAGGCCUUCAAGGUUUACGUUGCCAAGGUGGAUCCCACUUACAGCCUCGGCCUGUCGACGGACUCGAUCUACAGCUACAGCAUGGGUCAUAUCAAGAGGGUGCUGGGCGGGGAGGCUCCAGAAACUCAGCCCUCUCGUUGCAUGUCCCGAGGGCCCACCAGCAUCACUGUGGCACUCAAAGGUUUAAAGGAGAAGUGUGUGGACAGCCUUGUUUUCGAGACCCUGAUCCCCAAAACCAUGAUGCAACACUACAUCAGCCUGCUGCUCAAACACCGCAGACUCAUCCUGUCCGGACCGAGUGGAACGGGCAAGACCUACCUGGCCUCGCGGUUGGCAGAGUACCUGGUGGACCGCAGCGCCCGCGAAGUCUCCGACGGCAUCGUGGUGACCUUCAACAUGCAUCGUCAGUCUUGCAAGGAUCUGCAGCUGUAUCUUUCAAACUUGGCCAACCAAAUAGACCGAGAAACCAGCGCUUCCGAAAACCCUCUGGUCAUCAUCGUGGACGAUAUUCACGAUCCGGCUUCUGUCAGUGAACUCAUCAACGGGGCGCUGACGUGCAAAUACCACAAAUGUCCGUACAUCAUCGGAACGAGCAAUCAGCCGGUGAAGAUGACGGCAAACCACAGCCUGCACCUCAGCUUCAGGAUGGUGAUCUUCUCCAACAACGUGGAGCCAGCCAACGGCUUCCUGGUGCGAUAUUUGCACAGGAAGCUGAUGGAGUCCGAGGAUGAGCAGAAUCUGACCAAUGAGGAUCUGGUCCGGGUACUGGACUGGGUUCCCAAGCUCUGGUAUCACUUGCACACCUUCCUGGAGAAGCACAGCACGUCGGACUUUCUCAUUGGCCCGUGCUUUUUCCUGUCCUGUCCCGUCACUGUGGAUGAGUUCCGGUCAUGGUUCAUUGACCUUUGGAACCAUUCUAUAAUUCCCUACUUGCAAGAGGGAGCCAAGGAUGGCAUCAAGUUCCACGGCCAGAAAGCGGUGUGGGAGGACCCCGUAGAGUGGGUGAGGGGCACGCUGCCUUGGCCUUCCGCCCAGCAGGACCAGGCCAAGCUGUUCCACCUCCCUCCCCCGAGCAUCGGCUCCAGUAGUCCCAGUCAAGCCGGCGAGGAGAAGUCUCACAAGGAGAUCACGCCCAGCUCAGUGGAAUCUGAUCCGCUGAUGGCGAUGCUUUUGAAACUCCAAGAGUCUGCCAAUUACAUCGAAUCUCCGGAAAAGGACGACCCGAGCCUGCCAAGACUGUGAACAAGCUUACACUUUAAAAAAAAAAAAAAACUCAGCACUUCGUCUAAAAAAAAAAAAAAAGUCAUUGUUACUCGUCUGCUGUAAGGACAGUGUACUGUGCAUUAUGGAACCCUCGGAAAAAACAUGGUUGUAGGGUGAUUUUUGAAGCGUCAUUCCUACUCUGAAAAGUUGGAAGUGAAAAUCAUACAGUAUUUAACGAAAGUACAACCGGAAACAAAACCUAUAUAAAGGAGGAGGUCCUCGCUUUAUGACGGCGUUCUGGCGUCGACGUAACCCCGACUUCUACAUUGAGGUCUACCACUAACCUUGUUCAAUUGGACUUUAAAGACCCUUUAAAGUGAAUUGUUUCUAAAUAUUACGUGUCUGACGAUAAUAUCUGAAAACGUAAGAAUGUUUUGUCAACAAUUUUGGAGCUUUAGCAUAAAAUUGCUUUUCCCGUUACAGUUCUCCUGAUUUUGGGGGGCGUGGCUGAAACUGCCCCUGUGACAUAUUUACCCGCCAGGCACGAGUGCCAUCUCUUCACAACAUAACAAGUGGUUGUGCAACGCAAUUGUGAGUUACCAAAGUUCCGAUUCCGGAGCUAGUUUGCGGCUUGUACGUUCCGUUCCGACGUGGAAAAACCAUGCGACAACCCAGCAGGAUACGGAUCAGCCACCGGACGUGCGUUUGCGGCUCAAACACGUUUCGGCAUAAGGAAGAUGCUCGGAUCCGUUUUUCGUGUUUUUAGUUUGUAGUGUGUCAAAUUUGGAAGACAUUUAAGUUCAUCGUUUUAGAUUCAUCCUGAAAUUCCCUCAAGCCUGAUAUCUGUCAACGCGGCAAUGACUGAACUUCUGCGCCAGGCGCAGCGCAUUUUUUUUUUCCCACCGUGUCGUUUGUAACUUUUUGUACGACGUGUCGUGACCGCCGUAAACCGAGGACCCCCCUGUAUUUACACGAUUCCUUCGAGGUCCCUGGACCACCUCUUUGCCCGCAGUCCUAUUCUUAGAUUGGUGCUAAAAGUUGAAAAAAAAAAAAAAUCAGUCUGAAGCGGUUUUCAAAGUGUGGGGGGAAAAAAAAAAGUAUGGCAGCACAAUGGAAGUCGCACAAGUUCAUCUUUGCUGCAUCCCGUCUCUUGAAGCCAAAUGUUACACGUUAUGCAAUCCCCUGACUUUCCAACUCGAUCAGGUGAAAAACAAAAAAAAAAAAAAAACAGAUGCCUUAAAGAAAACAAAACAAAAAAAAAAUCACUGGUGCUUACGUCAAACUAGCUCCUUCCAUCAGCAUUUGUCGAUGGCCUUUCGUUUUCCGCCGCAACUUCUCGCUUUGAACUUGCGCGACCAUUUUCACAAACUGGAAAAUGUUGCUGUCAUACUUUUUUUCGCCCCCCCCGCCCCCGCACCUGUUCUAAGGCUUGUUUAUUUUAGCUGCUUUAACCUUGAAACGCACACACACGAACAUCACCGGUGCUGCCAUGUACAGUAUAGCAGGUACUACGUUCACAAUUACUCCACCAGCUUGAGGAGAACGAAGAUACGCUUUGACUCCGAAACGCAACGCGAGGAAUAUUAGCGCUACACAGAAUACGGCUAGCUGUGUCUUACUGAAAGAGAAUAUCGCAGGAAAAGUUACAUUUGUAUUGGAAACAGAUUCACAUUGUGUUUUCUAUCGUUUUUGUGAAAGAAUUAAUGAAAAUCCACAAAUUUACCAUUUCAAGAACAUUAAACAAGAAACAAGCAUUGAUUUUUAUUGUAGAAUUUAGGUGGGAACUGGAAAAAGUAUUUUCCAAUGUGUUAAAUUAAUACAUAUACCGUAAUUUCUGGCUUUCGAGCCGCGACUUUUUUCACACCCUUUCAACCCUGUGGUUUAUGCGGUGAUGCUGCGCUAGUGUUAGUGCAGCGCCAGCGUUAGCCCACAUGGUUAUAAGCCUCGGUACACAGAAAGAGUUUGUUUGUGCUAGCGUUAGCAUACCAGCGUUACCGUUAGUUUAAUACUAGCGCCGCGCUAACGCCAGCGCCGCACAAACGUUAAACUCUUUCUGCGCACCGAGGGUUAUAACAAAGUGCGCUCUGUAGGCCGGGAAUUACGGUAACUGUCCGACAAACGUAAUUGUACAAAGAAAUUCAAACUAGUUGAAAUUAUUCAAACGUUGCCACAAACAUAACUGGUAGUUUAUCUUGGGCUGUGCUGUUAAGGACAACAUUGGUAGAAAGACUUUUAAAAGCUUUUACCUUCCAUAAAGCUGUUCGACGGUCCAUUUUAUUUGGAUUGCUCAUUAAGUCUCCUGACGACAACUAAUGAAAAUAGAACAAAAUUGAUCCAGCAAUCCAAUUUUUGUCGUGAUAAAUCUUUUGAAAACACGAGACUGCUUGUGUUAACUUGCGAUUCAGCCAAACUAAGGCACAGGUUGUGUUAUUAAAAACUCAAAAAGGUGUACUGUAUUUGUUAAGCAUUUAUUAAGCAUUUAUCAUGAAUUUAUUUCAAAACCAUUGUAAUGUGCGCAUUUUCAACAUUGAAUUCAGUAUUUGUUUGUGUACCACCCGUGAUCAUUUAGCUAGAUCUAUGAUUUUUGUCCUUUCCGUGCGGCGCUAAUACGCUCUCACAAUCGCUCGCGUUCCGAACGAUCACUCGCGAACGCGAAACCCGACAACAUUGUUCCGAAUCAUGUCUGUAGGUGCGAACGAUUGUAAGGCGACGGAAGCAGCGAAGAGUAUUAAACACGUAGCAAAAUGAGUUAGCGAAAGCCAAGGAGAAUGACUUUAAAGCUACCUACACCCACGUCGUUGUCCAAUCACGUCAUCAUCUUAAAUAAAAUCUUGCGUAGCGUCGACAUUCACGUCGCUUUGGUGCUUUUACCGUUGUUCGCUGUCGAAGAUCACGCAACGAUUCAGGGUAGGUUGACCAGAUUGAUGACGCUAAAUAGAUUUUUAGACUAACGUUUUUUUUUUUUUUAAUAUAUAUAAAUAGAAACAAGUGGAAUCACGUGAGACAUUCUACCAUGUAUAUGACCAUAUGUAUCCGUGUUACGGUAUUGGCAGAUUGCUCCAGAGUCAGAAUGAUUGAAGACUUUUGAAGGUGCUUCAUAUAUUUAUUGUGUGCGUGUGCGUGUAUAGAUUGUCCCUCAAAUAGUAAAUGACUGUAUUACAUCAAGCGGGGUAUACACAUAGCGAUUUUUAACCAUGCCAAUGAUUUUUCAAAAGUUUGCCAGACACUACACACAAGAUGACUAACAUAAAACCACAAACAAACAUAACAAUAACGACAAUUAUGUAUAUACCGUAAUUCCUGGCCGACAGAGCGCACCUGGUCAUACGCCUCACCCAAUACAUUUGUAAAGGAAAUACCAUUUGGUACAUACAUAAGCCGCAACUGUGUAAAAGUCGCAAGUGCCGACAUUGAAACACGAGAUAUUUACAAAAAAAGACGGUACACAGAGAGUUGCGCAAACGCUAGCGCUUUGCUAACAGGGCCGGUUAGAAAAAAAACAUAUUGGUAAAAAUCACUGAGACAAGGCAGUAAGAUGCUAGCGCAGCGCUAACAGCGCCGGAGUGGUAAAAGUCAUUUCCUCGGCACAUAUAUUCCACCGGUGUCACUCUUACCUUUUCCGCUCGAGUGCCCCUCUGCGGCCAUUAGAAAAAAAAAAUGCACAAAUUAGCUGCGUCAAGGCAUAAACCGCAGGGUUGAAAGCGUGUGGAAAAAGUUGCGGAUUAUAGGCUAGAAAUUAUGAUAGUUCGGAUUUAAUAUGUGAUGAAUAUAUCUGUUUAAAUAGUUUUGAGUAAGGGUUCAGUUCCUAAAUUUUGCGAUAAGUUGGCAUAUGCUGAAAGUUGACCCGAUUACCGAUAUGUGUGUACCCCGCUUUAAGGAUGUGGUGUUGAAUGAACUUCAUAUGUACUUCAAUCCCCUUAAUGAAUGUCCAGCCACUUUAGCGCCGUACGAUAAUUUUCGCUCGGUUGCGACUGGCUGGCUGAUUGGUCAACAUAGCUUUCAACGUGAACGCAAAGAAAAGUUUCACGCAGAAAUGGGGUUAGAACAGAUUCUUUGUAAAUAUGUCCGCCCCUUUGCGCCACCCCCACGCUCCAUUUUAUUGCGCUUUUCAUCUCAUGGACUGGUUGUUGUGCUUGUCACCGUGUAGUAGCCGUGACUUCGGUUUUGUUUGGGGACUAGACGGCAACGAUGUCGGGAUGUUUCGGUUUCAGACCCGGAGCGAAGGGACGACCCGGUGAGCCUUAAAAUGGUGGGGCGCGGUGUUGGAAACAGGGUAAAAAGACCAAGUCUAAAAUAACGGUCAAGAUCUCAACUGAACCAUAAAUUCCACGACUGUUGGAAAAAGCACUUCGAAUGGGUCGAACCCCAAAAACUUAACGCAGGUUGCUGGAUAGUCGGAAUUUUUGGGAGAAAGUUGGAGGGGGGAAUUAAAAAAAAAAAAAAAAAGUUUUGCGCUAUCUUGAAAUGUUAAAGCUUUUUCUGUGUUGUACAUGCAUGUAAACUCGCUGUGUGACAAAUAGGAAGAUAAUUUUUCUUUUUACUACUCCGAUAUUUGAUAAUUCCUCUUCUUUUCUAAGAAUCCUUUAUAAAGGUUACGUUCUCUAUUUUGUACGAAACGUUCGUUGUAAAGAUUGUAAAUACGGCAGCGUCCUGGAAGCACGGCGAAGGGAAACCGUCCCGAGGCGGGUCCCGAUAAAACCGUGGAUAGCUUGAGGGAAAAGCGCUGGGCGGCCUCCGUAAACUACAUCCACCCACCGUACCACCAACAACUGUUUGU